AUGUUAUUCUCCACUGCCGCUCUUCUUCUUCUCUCUUCAACUGCGCUCGCCGCACCCGCUACCCUCCUACCCCGCGCCGCUCAGUGCGGCCAAUACCAAUCUCAGUCAUCCGGCCCAUACACGCUCUACACCAAUGGCUGGGGCUUCUCUUCCGGAACCGGCUCUCAGUGCUCUCAGAUUGACAGCUAUAGCAGCACAGCUGGCCUAGCCUGGUCAACAACAUGGUCAUGGUCUGGCACGCCCAACCAAGUCAAGAGCUACACAAACGUCGAGACGGGCUUCACCAAGAAGCAGAUUGGUAGCUAUACGAGUAUGCCGACGACGUGGAAGUGGAGUUACACUGGCACAGAUUUGCGAGUCAAUGUGGCCUACGACACCUUCCUCGGCGCAUCAGCCAGCGGAACCAACCUUUUUGAAGUCAUGGUCUGGCUCGGCGUCUACGGCGGUGUAUCACCCUUGUCCGCGAACGGAUAUCCCUUCACGCCCAUCGCGACCGUCACUAUUGGCGGCCAGAUCUUCGAUCUUGCAUACGGUCUCAAUGGUUCUGUCAAGGUAUACAGUUUUGUUGCUCGUGGCGGUCGGGCGACGAACUUCAGCGCCGACUUGGUACGUUACAUGAGUCUACUUUGUGGAGAUGAUAGAGAAGCUAAUGUGUCGACGCAGAAUCUGUUCUUUCAGUAUUUAUUGGCAAACUACGGUAGCAAUGGCUUCACGAGUAGUUUGUAUCUGCAGGUCGUGCAGGCGGGCACGGAGGUGUUCACUGGAAGCAAUGCGAAGUUGACUACGACGGCGUAUUCUAUCGCUAUUAACUAA